CCCCCUGAGUACAGCACAGUCACAUUUCACCAGCAUCAACCCAUCAGCCAGACAGUGUACAGAUCCAUCAGGCCAUCAGGUACCUGUGCAGCUGUCCUGCCCUCUUGACCUCUCUUCCCUACAAAGCUCUUGCAGCCAUCGUUCCUUCCACGAUCCAGCAUGACCACACUCCUCAACAGAUCACUCGCAGCAUCAGCAUCAGUCUCGUCCUGCAUCAGAGGCAGCAGACAUACCAUCGGGCUCGCAUUCAAUAGACCCCUGACUACAAGCAGCAGCAACAGCGGCAGCAGCAGCAACAACAAACCCAAACCCCCAAACUUCCUCGCCUUCUUUGCCAUCGGCGCAGCAGGCUUUGCUACCUUUGCCUACGUCUCCAAGCAGCUUGAGCAGCAGCAGCAACGCAUAAAGGGCAAUCAAUUCUCAAAAGCAGGCGUGACACCUACACCCGAAGGACUCAAGGAACAAAAGCAGAGAAUGGCACCAGCACUCGCGAAAGGUGGAAAGACGCCUACAUUCAGUCAAGAUGACACCGUGGUGGUCUUUGUAUUGGGCGGGCCUGGCGUAGGGAAAGGCACGCAGUGUGGGUUACUCGUCAAGGAGCGUGGCUUUGUACACUUGUCUGCAGGUGACUUGCUGCGUGCUGAACAGAAGCGCGAAGGUUCAGAGUAUGGCGCCAUGAUUAAGCAGUACAUUACAGAUGGCCAGAUUGUACCGAUGGAGGUGACAGUGGCACUCCUAGAAAAUGCCAUGCACGAUGCUAUUGCACAAGAAGGGAAGCGCAAGUUCCUCAUUGAUGGCUUCCCACGCAAGAUGGACCAGGCCGUCAAGUUUGAGGAGACGGUGUGCCCUUCACGCUUCACCAUCUUCUUUGACUGCUCAGAGGAGACCAUGAUGAAGCGGCUUCUCAAACGCGGCGAGACAUCGGGUCGUGACGACGACAAUAUUGAAAGUAUCCGCAAGCGAUUCAGGACAUUUGUUGAAACAAGCAUGCCUGUUGUGGAGUACUUUGAGAAGCAAGGGAAGGUCUGUCGUAUUCAGUGCGAAGACACCGUUGAACAAGUCAGCAAGCAGGUACAAGCGGCUGUUGACUCGCGAGCCAAGUAGACACAAGACCUAUUAGACAGGUUGUAGGAAGCAUCUUUUUAAUCUAUACACCACGG